CGAUGUAGUGGGAGUCCCCGCCGGCGGUCGUAUCUCUGCCUAUCUCGCCGCAACGCCCCCACUUUCCAUAUUUGAACACAGGAAAGUGUUUAAGUUUAGAGAGAGAGAGAGAGAAUAAGGAAAUACGAACUUGUUGUCGCAGAUAAGAAUCCCUUUCCUUCAACAUAAACCCUAGUUCCUCGCUUUUCUUGCGCUUUAGGAGUUGCAGAAUAGCUUUUUAUUCUUUCUUCUAGGGUUUGGGGUUUUUUAUGGCUUCUGAGGAUGUCGUUGGGAGGAGCGGGAGCAAUACAACGGUAGGGUUCCAGAGCAAGGAAUCGGCGGUGACCACAUUUGUGAACCUGGCGGAGGAGGCGAGUGAGGGGGUGAAGGCUCCUGGACAUGCCAUUCUCAGUAUCUGCAAAUCUCUUGUUGCUGGGGGAGUUGCGGGAGGAGUGUCCCGCACUGCUGUUGCACCACUGGAAAGGUUGAAAAUUCUCUUGCAGGUUCAGAAUCCUCACAACAUCAAAUACAAUGGGACAAUUCAAGGCUUGAAAUAUAUAUGGCAAACUGAAGGUUUUCGAGGGCUCUUUAAAGGAAAUGGAACUAAUUGUGCACGAAUUGUUCCAAACUCAGCUGUGAAGUUCUUUAGUUAUGAGCAAGCAUCAAGUGCUAUUUUGUGGCUUUACCGGCAACAACCAGGCAAUGAAGAUGCACAACUCACACCAGUUCUCCGUCUUGGAGCCGGAGCUUGUGCAGGAAUUAUUGCUAUGUCUGCAACUUAUCCUCUGGACAUGGUGCGAGGAAGGUUGACUGUCCAGACAGAGAAGUCUCCUUAUCGGUAUAGAGGAAUGUUUGACGCAUUAUCAACGGUUUUGCGGGAAGAAGGCCCUCGUGCCUUGUAUAAAGGCUGGCUUCCUUCUGUUAUUGGAGUGAUUCCUUAUGUGGGUCUCAACUUUGCGGUUUAUGAAUCUCUCAAGGAUUGGUUGAUCAAGACCAAAGCUUUAGGCUUGGUCGAUCCAGAUUCAGAGGAGCUGAGUGUGUUGACAAGGCUAGGUUGCGGUGCAGCUGCUGGGACUGUGGGGCAGACUGUUGCGUACCCACUUGACGUGAUAAGGCGGCGGAUGCAGAUGGUAGGGUGGAAGGAUGCCUCCUCCAUUCUCACAGCAGAUGGUAGGAGCAAGGCCCCCCUUGAGUACACAGGCAUGGUUGAUGCCUUCAGGAAAACUGUCAGAAAUGAAGGUUUUGGAGCACUUUACAAGGGCCUCGUUCCUAAUUCUGUCAAGGUUGUUCCAUCAAUAGCCAUUGCAUUUGUAACAUAUGAAGUAGUAAAGGAUAUUUUGGGGGUGGAGAUGAGAAUAUCAGAAUGACGGGGAUUUCCAACUCAGGCUUUCUCGAAGGCACGGUGCUAUUUUUGUAGCCGUGGAAAGAAUGAUAAUAAGAUGAAAGGAAAGAGGGUAUUUCUGUGGCUGUUGUUGAUAUUCUUGCAGUGCUCUAACUCUCUGCAUCUACUUCCCCUUGCAUUUUUUUUUCCCUCUGUAUUCUUGUGGAGCUGAAAUAAACCUCAAAGAGAUAUGGGGUAUUCAGUGUUGGGGGAAAAUUAGGUUCAGCUUCCCAGCCAUGGGUCUUCUCUCUUGUUCCUGGUAACUUUAUUUAGUGUUCUGAGUUAUUUGUACUUAUUAUUUUUCGAAAUCAUGUACCAGUAUGCAAUCCAAAGGGUUCGAAUGAUUGGCAUUCAAAUUUGUAGUUGGUUGCGAGUGUGUAGAGAGAGUCACACUGCUCAGAUUGAUGCAUUGGCUUGGAUUACUGCUUUGCUCAGCUGUGUUUUUAGGGCUUAAACUCUUGGUUCUAAUUUGAAAAU